CACCUACUCUACUGUCUACUCUACUCAACAAGGCAAUAAUCAAGCACGGGAAUUCCUCUCCCCCCAAGCUUUGCCUUUAUAACACCAGCUCCCUACUCCUACUACUCUUCACUCUUCAGUGCAGACAGUUCUGAGCGCAGAGCCAGUGAGCCACUAGUCCCCCAGCAAGGCAGCAAGGAGCAAGAUGCGGCGGGGAGGAGACCGGCCGUCGGCGUCGCUCCUGCUCUUCUCGCUGGGGCUUGUGCUCCUCUACUUCACCUCAGGCAGCACCGUUGGUCUCGUGGAGGGACAGAAAACCUGGUGCAUCGCCAAGCCGUCGGCGUCGAACGAGAUCCUGGCGCAGAACCUGGACUACGCGUGCUCCCAGGUGAGCUGCGCCGUGAUCCAGAAGGGCGGGCCGUGCUACUACCCGGACAGCCUCGUGUCCCGCGCCGCCGUCGCCAUGAACCUCUACUACGCCUACAGCGGCAGGCACGCCUGGAACUGCUACUUCAACAGCUCCGCGCUCGUCGUGCAGUCCGAUCCAAGUUAUGGCUCGUGCACGUACUACUGAUGACUUAUACUGACGACGAGGAAGAGGAGGAGGAGGAGUGUUUGCCGAUUGUGGAGGCGGCGGCGCAGACUAAACUACUGAUGAUUGACUGAUGCAGACGAGAGAGAUCCAUCGUGCCCGGCUGCAUUUUUAUGCAGAUUGCUGGUUUUUCUAGUCUAGAGUGCCCAAUUUACCAAAUGCAGAUUUGUUUGUGAUGUGUUGUGCCCCGGUAGCCGCACGUGUUGUAGUUUGACAGACAUUUGGAGAUUUACAAGAAACUCGUUGGUGUGUCCGUUCAUGUGCUUUCAAAUUCGAAUUCAAAUUCAAAUUCACUGCAGCGGUGCUGCAUAGAUUU